UUUUUCAACACUUUCUACCGCCAACAUCGACACCGACAACAACACCCAGCGGCCCUGAGUCCCCUUUGCUAAACUCAUCAAAUUCUGACAGUCCCGACGCCUGUCAAUUCAUAUUUCAUCUUUCAUAAUUCACACACCAAGUUCGAGUCCAGUGACGCGCACUUCGAAGUUGCGCGUGGCCUCAAGGAUAUACGACACACCAACGCAAUCGAAUGGCAGGACUUCCCAGACCCAAAGCAGCUGCGCCUGUAAGAAAAAACAGCAUGCGACCACCACCAAGACCUCCGACUAUGAGAGCAGGUUCGGCUGCUCCGCCCUCUCGAAUGGACAGGUCCGGGGCCACUUCACCAACAAACUCGGUCGUCUCUGUAGCUACCACGCAAGGAGGAGCAAAACGUCAGAAGAUGGACUAUGAUCGUGAUGACGAGGAAACCAACAUCAAUGUUGUCGUUCGAUGUAGAGGCCGUAAUGAGCGCGAAGUACGAGAGAAUAGUGGAGUGGUGUUAUCGACCGAGGGUGGUGUGAAAGGGACCAGUUUGGAGCUUUCCAUGGGGCCAAGUGCGCUCAGUAACAAGACCUACCACUUCGAUAAGGUCUUUUCGUCGGCUGCAGAUCAAGCCAUGAUUUACGAUGAUGUUGUAACGCCAAUUCUAGACGAAGUAGGUUGCUCAAUUUCAGCUCUUUCUUUUUGUGCUAACAUUGGUAGAUGCUUGCGGGUUAUAACUGCACAAUAUUUGCAUACGGUCAAACCGGCACUGGAAAGACAUACACCAUGUCUGGGGACAUGAACGAGACAUAUGGAAUGCUAUCUGACGCAGCGGGUAUAAUCCCUCGUGUGCUCCACUCCCUUUUCACAAAACUUGAAAUCGAUGAUGCAGAAUCAUCAGUCAAGUGCUCCUUUAUUGAGCUUUACAACGAAGAACUUCGUGACCUCAUUUCUGCCGAUGACAAUGUGAAAUUGAAGAUUUACGACGAUAAGAGCAAAGCUGGACAUGCGACUACGUUGGUUCAGGGAAUGGAAGAGUCGCACAUUCAGAGCGCAGUGGAUGGCAUCAAAUUACUACAACAGGGCAGUCACAAAAGACAAGUUGCAGCCACCAAAUGCAACGAUCUAAGCAGUAGAAGUCACACUGUUUUUACCGUUACAGCAUACAUCAAGAGAACUGGGGACGACGGUGAGGAUUACCUGUGUGCCGGAAAAUUGAACCUUGUCGAUUUAGCUGGGAGCGAAAAUAUCCAGCGAAGUGGAGCGGAGAACAAGCGAGCAGCGGAAGCAGGUCUCAUUAACAAGAGUUUAUUGACACUAGGACGAGUAAUCAAUGCCUUGGUGGAUCGUGGAUCGCAUAUUCCAUAUCGUGAAUCGAAGCUCACACGACUUCUCCAAGACUCUCUUGGGGGAAGAACAAAGACUUGUAUUAUUGCAACAGUCUCUCCUGCGAAGAGCAAUUUGGAAGAGACUAUCUCGACGCUGGACUACGCAUUUCGGGCAAAGAAUAUCCGCAACAAACCCCAGGUGAACCAAAAGGUCAACAAGAAGACAUUACUGAAGGAAUUCACUGCUGAGAUCGAAAAACUCAAGAGUGAACUCAUUUCAACUCGACAACGCAACGGGGUAUACCUUUCCAACGAGGCCUAUGAGGAGAUGAAGGUCGAGGGCGAAUCGAGACGGAUUCUUAGCGAAGAACAAGCAGCGAAGAUUGAGGCAAUGGAAAUAAACCUACGUAAUAAGGUCCAGGAGCUGUACUCUCUCACUUCUAGUUUCAUGAAUUUGAAGAAGGAAAACGAGGGUACAAAAGUCGUUCUCGACGAAACACAAAGUGUCCUUGAUCAGACAGAGUUCGUCCUGAAUAACACUCGCCAAAGUCUUGCAGAGGAGAAAGUCCUUCGACAGGCUCACCAAAGUACAGAAGAAAAGCUUAGCACUGUCGGUAGCGAGCUUAUCUCGACACUCGGGAAAACCGUUCAUGAUGUUGGAGGUCUUCACGACAAGAACAGGAGAAAAUCUGACCUUCAAUCACUCAACCGAAACACUUGGGGGCUUUCGCAAGCACAGGUAUCAGAGGUUACCAGUCUUGUUGAGAAUAGAGUUGAAGAAUUUCGGACGCAACAACAAGACUUGAUGGCGGCGGUAUCUGCGAGAAUGCAGUCAUUUGUCGAAGGAGAAUUGCAAAAACUUUCGUCUACGCAAUCUUUCCUCGUAGCUAAUGUUGCAGAAUUUGAAGGUUCUGAAAAGGAAGUUGCCCAGCAGACUAGCUCUGCAAAGGAAGAAAUGGAUAAUGUGCUCGAGGAGAUAAAGGUUCUUCGAGAACAGGUCAAAAAUCAAGUUGGUAUCGGUCUCCAAGGCCUCUCAGCUGCAGCUGAGCGAAUUUCCGCAGAGGUCAUUAGUGAGCUGGGUGCUUUCCAUACUCAAGUAAGAAGACUCCAUUAACACUCAUGUACAAAACUAAUUAUCUUAGCUUCACGGUUCUUAUAGCUCGCUUGGCAGGGAUUUCAAGUCCCUGUUCGAAGAAUUGCUCAAACAUGUCAACGCCCAGAAAGAGGAAGCGAACAGCCUGCGUGAAAAAUUGGCAGCUGCCAGUGAACUUGCUACUCAAUCAAGCGACGCUGUCUCUGUGAGAUUGGACGAGGUACUUCGAGAGGAACGCGAGAAAGCAGCAUCAGAUCGCCAAAGUUUGCUAUCGCAAAUCACCAGCCUGGUGAUGGCUCAAGGUGAAGCUCAAGAUACCCGUCUGGGCGAGAAGAUUGAGGCUGUUCGACAAGACAUUACAACAUCAAAGGACGCAUUUGAGGCAUCUCAGUCACAGUAUGGCUUAGGGAUGGACGCUUGGAACGCCAAGGAAGUUGCUUUGGUUGAAGAAGUUCUCCGCUCCCGAGAGACACUCAAAUCUAAACUUAAGGAAGACUGGAUGGUAAAAUUCUCUGAUCCCUGCCUGGCGUUAUGCUUACUAACUUGAAAUAGGCUGCCAAUAAACAUAAUUCAUCACUCCAAGUUUCUACAAAGUCUGUUCACGAAGAGACCGUUCGUAUUGUCGAUGAACAGAUGAAGGAUAUCUCAAAUCAAAUGCAAGCUCUUGAUGACUUUGUAACACGAGCUCGGUCUCAAAAUGCUCAACACCAUGAUAGUCAUACUCAAUCAUUGAGCAACCUUUCGUCCACUGUCAAAUCAUCUUACGAUAAUAUUGGCACUCACUUCAAUGCUACUUACGAACGAGUUAGGGAUCUUGGGCAUGAAAUGCUUGUCAAGCAAAACUCCCUACAAGAAGCACUAGAACCCCUCGAAACAGUUCUUAGACAACCACUUGCAGAGCUUCGAUCCAACAUUGCCACCGCCAGAUUCGCCGAGUACCAACCUACUGGCGCAACACCCCAAAAGGUGCAAUACCAGUAUCCCACCGAACUGCCAAGAACAGAACAACAUGAGAAACUGCUUGCUGCACUCCGCAAUCCAGCGAGCUCUCCUUCCAAAAACACAUCAAAGCUCACCACAGUUCCGGCUACUUUUGACGACGAGAUGGAAGGUGUCAUUACAGAGAUUGCACCCCUUCGUGAUUUCUCUGCCUCUGUACCGCCAUUAUCUCAUGAUAACAGGCCAACAACAAGUGGCAGUCUCCGUGAGAUAGACCCCAACAUCAAUGUAGCAUCCAUUAUUGAACAUCCCUCAACAGCAAAAUCCCAUAGCCUCGGCGGUGACGGUCUCUCGAAAGAUACACAGGAGCUAUUCAAACGCAGCGUGACGGGCAUCGGAAAGCUCCCUGUUCUGAGGGGCAAGAAGAGCGCAGGAGUGCUUCCAGCAGAGGGUAGGGAGAAUGUUAAUAUAUUGGCGCAAGGAACAGCAAGACGAAGGAGUCCUCGGACAGGAUAAAUGUGAAGAAAAGUAACUAGGUAGUCAUUUUUGAUAUUGGCGUUCGGGACAAACUUUUCGAUAGUAUAUGGUGGCGUGAGCUCCUGGGUUUCUUCUUCGUUUUGGAGAGGGGCUUGGUGGCGAGUUGUUUUAGCAUUGGCGUCUUGGUGGUGUUUCGUGGAUUGGCGUACGUGUUGCGUUAGGGUAGGAGUAUAUUUGGAUUGGGAAUUAGUGUUUACAAGGACUGAGGUCGCUUAAUAAUAUUGCUUUUACUGCUACUGGAGAACUUGGCAUAUCUACCGCUUUGG